UUUUGCUAUUCCUCCGCAGUACACGAGUCUGCAGAGGGAUCCAGCCCUGUUCCCAGUUGUAGCUCUUGAAGUCUCUAAAGGACCUUCUGGCAGUGACGGACUUGUUUUGUACAAGGGUCAGUCUGAGAUACCGGAGGUGAAAGCGCAGCACAACUCAGAGUCAGACUACUUAACAAGAGAUGGUCCUUCAAGCAACAGCUCCUUCUACAGCAGCGAAGGAGAGGGGACAGACCACGAAGGAGAUAUUUUGGAUUGUAGCGGCUCCAGGCCUUUACUGAUGGAUUCAGAAGACGAGGAGGAAACCUGCAAGUUGUGCGCAGGGUUCCUGCAGUCUGCGACCAGGGAAAGACAUGAGGCCUCCAAAGAAGAUCCCCACUCCCAGUCUUCCCAGACUAGAGCAGGGGAGACGCUGUUCCCUGCCUUCCAGUCGCACACCGGGGAGGUUUUUAACGAACCGGAUGUUUUUGCCACGGCUCCUUUCCGAAGCUCGAGAAAAGUGCCUGAUGAGGUGGAUGUCUUUACCAAAGCUCCUUUUAUCUCCAAGGGCAACGUGGCUUUUAGACAUCCAGAAGAAGCAGAUGUGUUUCUGAGAGCCCCUUUCACUAAAAAGAAAAGCAUGGAAGAGUUGACUUCCCAUAGUACGUCUAAGGAACCGUUCGCACCACCCGUUUUCCUAAGUCAAGGAGGUGAUGUCCAACACAGACCUCACCCGAUGUUCCCAAGCCUGGAUUCGGCAAUGCGUGGGUCCACAGCCUUGGCGAGAUCUCCGUAUCCCUCUGCCGGGUUUAGUCAGCCAAGCAAUCUUCAUCCCUCUUCCGUAAGAGCCGUGGAGACGCAGGAAAACAUUCCUUCUAAAGGUGUUCUGCAAGAGCAGGGUGGCGUGCCCAGUGAGAGAAACCAAGGAGGACACGCGCUGCCCCAGGAAGCCGUGCUGGGCUCCGUGGUUAAUAAGCCUUUCCGUCCGCAAUCCUUGUCAAAAUAUUCCCGUCACUACGGUCCAGAAGAUGGGCAGGGUCUCGAAGUCAAGCCCAUAGCUGCUUACAAAGUGGUUUCUCAGACCAACAGACAGGCGAUAGCAGGAUCUGUCUCUGUUGCCCCUCUGCCUUCCAGGACUACAGAGCUGCCCGGCGGGGAUCCGUUUGCUUCAGCACCCUUUCCUUCCAAAGCGGGAAAGCAAAAGCCUUAAUCUGCUGUGAGCUGGGAGGUGUGCUUCCCGUAGGACCGCCUUUCACAGGACCUUGAACCUCUUAGUUGAAAUGAAUGACAUAGCAAUAUAUAUAUAUAUAAAAUAAUUAUUAUUUUUUGGUCAGAACUCUAUUUGCAGUGAUAUAUAGUUGAACUAUUUUAAGUUAUGUUAGUUAGUCUGAACGCCUGGCUCUCAGGAUCUUCAUAUCCUUUUCAGUUGCUUCUUACCUUCCUCGUCUCACUGUCUCGCCCCCCCCUUUUAUUUUUUAGAUGCUUUUCCACACCAGUAAUAUUCCAUAUUUUCUGGUCCUGGCUGGGGAAAUGCAUUAUAAGAUGAAUUAAAAGGUUUAUUAAUUACAGAGCAAGUCAAGCGGGACUUGCUAGUGCUCUGGAAAGGAAGUGAUUUCACAGGUUGAAGGGUUAUUGCGACUUCUUUCCUCUUAGUGGGGGGCUUGUGGAAGAGAGCGAGGUUGUAUGUUCCUGCUGCUUGGCAGUGAUGGCAAACCUGGCAGCCGUGGCUCCAGAGUGAUUCUGUCGUGUGGGUUCGCAGGUUAUGUGCACACCGAGUGAGAGCCAUGCAGUCCAUGUCUGGUACCAGGUUUGUGCAGCGUUGAUGUAAGCGCAGUGUGGCAUCGUGCGUGCAGCAUUUCUUUGCUCACUGUGGCGUGUAACUCGUGGAAGUGCUUCUGCCCCGGGGCCUGUGCCGGAGCCCGGAGGAGUCGGUGGAAGGACUCACAGUGCCUUGAGUCGCUUGUCUUGCAGACUUUCAGAUGCAUGAACUUCAGCAAAGCAAUCUGUCAGGCUGUUAGUAUUGCUGUCGUUUGGAAAAUCGAAUGAUCAGGCAAAGCUUGCAGUUUUACACGCGUAUUUCCUGUCCGGUUUAUGCCAAAGUGUAGGACCCAGAGAUUUGCUUACGGUGUUGUGAAGGAGAGAGCCGUGCAUUUUUACAGUGUUAAAAAUACGCCUUGUGGAAAAAAUUAUUAUGCAAACAACUUGAUAGAUGUCCUGAUCCACAUACCUCAUUUGGUGUAAUUCAGCAUUGGCUGCAAUCCGGUUAGAGUGAUUUAUACUAGCACAGAACUUGGCUCUAUAUUUGUAAAUUCUGCCUUUUUGUUUUUCUUGUUGAUUAAGGAUGAACCUAAACAAAAUCCAUUCACACUCCUUUGGUAACAUUUGCUCUACUUGUGAAAUAUUGUGCUUUCUACCAUAUUCCUAAAGCAAAAGACAACUUCUUAUUGUUUGUUCAGUCAUUGAUGUAGUGAACCCAAUAUAGUGUUUGGAGGAAAAAUCAUGUGGACUGGCAGCUGGGCAGAAACAAAGCAGAUUUUGCUCCCCUCUCUUUUCAGUAAUAUAAGACAGAGAUAAGAGCGAUACCUCUCAUCUUUAUUUUGCAAAAUGCCUGGUUGCAUAAGUUGUCUUGGAUCUGCUAUUUCCGGCCCGCAAACUUGUAAGUGUGGACUGGCUUUCAAAACAUCCCAUUACAGGGACUCUUUGGGCUCCCAGUCGCUGAUGAAUCUUUGCGGUGCAGUAAUCCAUCCUCCCAACAGGUGUUGCUGCUGCGGAAUGUCUCCCAAGAAAAAAGUUUUGGUGGUUUUAUUUUUAAGGACUUGACAUCUAUGGAAGAAAUCCCCAUUGACUCCAGUAGCACCUGGCCAAGUCUCUGAAAAACCUUAUGGUGGCCAUUUCCCAAGGGAGUUUGUUCAUUAUUGUGUGAGCUGGAGCCUUGUGCUGAGGGUAAAGGACAUAUUUUGUGCUUGGGGGUCUCCCACGAGGGGCUUUGAGGUCUUUGGAGGUUUGCAGGGGAAUUGUUGGAGCAAUGGGUAGGUUGCUGAGAUCAGGACCGGUUGUGUGUAGAGCACGUUCCUGCCCUGCCCGCUUUCUGAUGCGUUUGUACUCGGCGAGAAAGCACUGUGAGUACUGUCCCUCUAAGACAGGGAAGGAUCAGCCGUAGCUGCUCCUAACUCACUGGAGUCACACCCGGGAGAGCUUCUGCAGCCGAAAAUAGACUUCAGUCUAAUUUUGCAGGAAAAAAACCUGACACCACCUCCAGUACAUAGCUUUGUCUGAUGUUCAAAUAAUAAGCGUUAAAGGAAUGCAACAGGCGUAUUAAAGAUGUAUGCGAAGGCUGCUUCAACAGAGCAGAACAUUGCGCAGUCCGGGGCUGGCUCACUGCUGACUUUUAAGCCCGGCAGCGUAAGGGGAGGAUGGAUGGAAAAACCCCGAAUGCCAAGAGCUGGCUAGAGAAGCAUCUGCAAAUAGGAGUUACCGACUGCUCCAUGUUUCCUUUCCCCUCCCGGAAUUCAGUUCCCCUCCAAAAUAUCUCCAGUUGAAAGAGAUGAGCCAAAUGUUCUGCUGGAUGUGCUCAGUGUGGGGAUUGCCUGGAAGGGAGCGGGAGAAGCCUGGACUGAGGUCUUAAAGCCCUGGGGUGGGGAGGGAGAAUACUUGAAAGCAAGGAGGCUACGUUGGCUUGCACAGCCCAGUUGCUGGCAAAUACUGACUUGCCGAGCCCAGGUCAGGUCGUGUGGUGUGGAGCUGGGAACCUUCUGCCCUGCUCUGCCACACUCGGAGUGAAGUCAUACUGGUGGAUACUGGUGGUUUAGGGUUUUUUCUGUCCUCUGUCACCACCUCUUGAAAACAGAAGUACUGUAAAGAAAUUUCUGUGUUUCCCUUGAGAUGUUUCUUCAGCAAAGCUGAGGCUGUUGUUUGCUGUGUUUUAUUGUUGAGUUUUCUGUUUAAAGAUACAUCUGAAAGGCGGUUGUUGUUUUUGUUUUAAAUAUAUACCCCCCCAAGUCGGUUGUCGCUGGAUUGGAUCAGGAAGAGGUGCCGAGAAUGACUGCGAUAGCAAACUGUGAAUUCAAGGGAUACCAAGGAGACUGAGCGUGUGGGCCCAGAUUUGUUUCAGCACGCAACCUGUUUCGUGGCCGUGCAUGCAGCCAGGCAGCUGAAUUUGGUCUCGAGCUGUUAAAUUCGCUCGGGAAGCUGCUGGAAGGGAGGUCAGGCCUUGGCAGUGCAGGGAUGAACCUGUGGAACAGGGAGAUGCUUCGCUGGAGUGAGCAGGUACCGUGUGUAAAUAAGAUGUGGGUUCAAGGUAUUACCUCUGCCAACUGGAUUCAGGUUCUCCUUCCUUUCCUUCAUUUUUACUUGAAAAAUUGCUUUUUGGAUAAUUCUGUGAAACUUCUUUCAACGCCACAUCCAGGUCUCACUUAGCUGAUGCUGGAGAAGCAUUAGCCUGUUCCCCUUCAUGCUCGGACCGGAGCCCCUUGCCUCUUGCGUGUGUGUUCGUGUCGGCGAGGCGGAGAUGAGCCGCAUGUGUAGUUCAGACCUUGCUAUCCCGCACUGCCAGUCAAGGGAGAAAGGGAAAAUGCACCGAGGCGCAGCGAGGUGUGCGGGCUUGUUUACAGCCCUGAUUCAGGUCGGGUCGGGCUGAGUUUCCAGCUAGCAUUUUGGCAGCUUUUGUGUUCUUCAAGCACUUUACUCAAAGAGCAAGCUAACCAUGCCCCCAGAAGCUAAUGAUCCUGCCAGCGUACAGCCAGUGCUUAAAUGGUUUUAAAUCUCUUUUGGGGGAUGGAGGCAGCUUGUUCUUAUCUCUGCACGUGAGCUAUGAAGUAACGGGACUUUUGGUUAUGGUCAGAAAACUGAAUUUCAAUGCCAGUUAGUCUGAUACCCGUCUCACUUCCAGCCUGUAUUCCUCCUAAUCCUGCACUGCCAAUACCGCAGCUUCAGCGUGAUGAAUUGCAAGUGGAAAUUUCAUUUCCAUAGUCUGUGAAGCUUACUGUUUUUAAUGAAUGUGGAAGAAUAAUGCUAAUUGUUUUCUUUGCCACACAACCGGUGAUCUUAAUGAAAUAAGACCGGUAUGGCCUCAAUGCAGCAUUUUGAAGUCAGUUUUCUGAACAGAACCACUGGUUUCAUCUUUUCUUAAAGCUGUAGUAAAGUCUUUUAACUGCCCUGGGUCCUCAUGCAUGGCCAGAAGGCCGCGGUUAUCGCUGCAGUCCUGCAACAAUCUUAGAUUCGCGCUGGGAAAGGGACUGGUUCUUACCCAUUGCCAACUUCAGCUUGAAUGCACUUAAAGUCUCUCUUCAAAGUGAUUAAUUGGAGUUUCUGCAUUAAAAAAAAAAAAAAAGUAGUUGGCUUGGCUCUCUGUGCCUCACUGCCAUGACGUUUGUACAGCGCACGUAACGGGACCAGCCGCCGUGGUGUUAACCUGCACUUUCUGCAGCUUGCCGCAGUAUUUUCGGGACUUCCCCGUAUCUCCUCUCCCUUCCAGCCAGCUCAGCACUAGUCAUGCGUGGUGUUAAGUUUACAAUCAGUCUCUCGAAGCCAGCGCACACUCAAUCUGUAAUGCACACUAUGCAUGGAGCACGUAGGUGAUAUUAAGCUCGUAACGGCAAACCCGUGUAAGCAAUCAUGACACAGCGCCUGAAGCAUGUCUUCAGUGGGACUUAAGCAAGCCUGAGCGAGAUCUGUUUAAUUGCUGAACUCUCAAUCACUCCAAAGUGGUAAUCAGUUACUUUAACUCAGCUUCCACCAAAGACUCUUGUGUUGGGGAGUUGAAUUUUUGUGGUGUUUUUUUUUUCUCACGGUGUUAAAUCAAGGCCUUGCAGCACACCAAAAGACUCCAAAGCAUUUUUACAGUAGUGUCUUGACAGUGAAAUCUUGUUCCAGUUCUGAAACACAUUCCUGAAACCUGAUCAGCUGUGUUAGUGUUUCUAAAAAUAAGCCACGGCCUGUAGUUUCCAUUGUAGGUAGGGUAAAUACCCUCACACACACCUAGAAAUACUCUCCUGUGAAAUUAGAGGGAUAAUGGUGAUCCACUGUUCCCCGAUCCCUCCCCUCCAAAGGGAGAAAUAAUUGCUCGCAGGGGUGGGGAGGGCAGGGUGCGUGCUCUGAUGUAGGAUGCAGCUGGUGGAGCAUCACUACACGCCGAGUCCGGCAGUGAAAGAAACUCUCUCAUUUCUGCGUGGAGCAGGAAGCCGGAGCUGGAAGCAUCCGCGGUCUCCGCUAACUGUGACAAACAAUCUGUGACUCGUGUCCUAAGAGCCGUGUUUCGUUUGCACCGCGCUGUUAGUAAGGUAAUUCUUAGCGGUCUUGGAAGUACCUCUGACUUGCAGAUUUGAUGGAGUCAAGUUUUGCACUCCAGGUGUGAUCAUCUGUGUUUCUGGUAAUCAUUAUGAAGAAACAUUUGAGUUGUAAACUUAUGUACAUUUUAUUAAAACUGUAUCUGAUUACAA